CUGUCUUGUCGGCUCCGCCUUCCUUUCCCUGCUUCUCAGGCUCUUUUCCUGCGGACGGGGAUGGAUCCGGCGGUGCUGCUGGGCUGCAGUCCUUUGCUGCUCCUAGGUCUUGCUGUUUUCAACUGUGUAACCGGCAAUGGGAAUGCAACAACUGAACAAGAAACCAAGAAAAUCUCCUGCAGCUACCCAAAUGAAAACUGUACAGAUGGCACCACAGGAUGGCGAAAAGGGGGACAUUUUUCUAUGUGUCCUGAGGAAUAUAAGUACUACUGCUUCAAGGGGAGAUGUCGUUACAUUGCAGUAGAAGAGACACCAUCAUGCUUAUGUGAGGACGGUUUCACUGGUGCAAGAUGUGACAGACUGGACUUGUUUUAUAAGAGCGGUGAACAGGGUCAACUCAUGGUGGUUUCCUUGAUAGCUGUCAUGGUGAUACUAAUAAUCCUGGUUGUUUGCAUAUGCAUUUGCGCUCAUUAUUUCAAAAAGAAAUGUCGGAAGAGAAAAGCGGACGAAAUGGGAACAUAUGAAAAGGGAUUGCCUGUUAAAACUGAAGAUGUACUAGAGACAGACCUUGUAUGA